CGGCGUUUGAACCAUAAUUGGAUCGGCUCAAUGGAUUCUAAAAUUGGAAAUUUCUUCGACUCCGUCGGUUCCUUCUUCACCGGCGGUGAUAAGAUCCCAUGGUGCGACCGAGAUGUCAUCACUGAGUGUGAGAGAGAAGUUAAGGCAGCCACUGAUCAUGACCCCGAAGAUCGGAAGAAAGAGAGCAUAAUGCGAUUAUCAUGGGCUCUUGUUCAUUCUCGACAAGCGGAAGAUAUACAGCGUGGAAUAGCCAUGCUUGAAGCGUCUCUAGCAAGCAGUAGCCCUCCUUUGCAGGAUCGAGAGAAGCUUUAUCUUCUUGCUGUUGGAUAUUACCGUACUGGAGAAUACUCAAACAGCAGACAGCUCGUGGAACGUUGCAUCGAGAUUCAACCUGAUUGGAGGCAAGCUUUGGUCUUAAAGAAAACCAUUGAAGACAAAAUUGCAAAGGAUGGUGUUAUUGGGAUAGGCAUCACGGCUACAGCCGUUGGACUCAUAGCCGGUGGAAUCGCUGCAGCUUUGGCUCGCAAGAAGUGACCAACCACAUUUACAGAUUCUGUAUGCAUAGAAUAAAUAACUAGAUGCUUGUUUUUCUUAUAAGUUUUUGUUCUUUCAGCCUUGAAUUCGGUUUUCAGUUAUUCCAUCAAAUAUUUCGUAAUUAUUACCUUAUUUUAUCUGCUCU